GACAAAAUCAUGAAUUAGCCGUUGUGGCCACUUUCCUCCAUUUUCUUCUCUCUUUGCUCCUCCAAAAGCAAAAACCCUAAGAAUUUUUUUCAUUUUCAUCGAUAAUGGCGGAUUUUGGGUAUCUUUCGGAUACGGAUGAUUCAGCUGUGGAAGAGCUGGUUUCGCAAGCGAAGGAGCUUUCUGCUUUGGAGCAAGUAGCCGCAAUCAACUGUUCUGGCUUCGCCGACUCUUCUACUCUUCCCGAUGAUCUCGAAACUCGUUUCCGUCGCCUCAAAUCUCUUCCAGCUUCUCGACCCGACCCGGUUUCUUCGUCUUCGUCGAAGAAUAGGAAGAAGCAUCUCGCGCAAUCCAAGAGCGUGGCGUGUUACCCUAAGGAGGAUGGGAAUUUCUCGGGAAACAGACGAAAUCCAGGUAAAAAUUGUGGUUCCGUGAGUUUAUCUGAUGAGGAUUCGAGUGUUUUCUCAGGGAAGAAACGCGAUCUGGGUGUGAAAUCGGGUAUUGAGAAAAGUUCGAGAGCUGGGCUUGUCUCAGAUGGAAGUGGGGAAUUCUCGGAUUCUGGAAUCAUCGGCUCGAGCUCAUCGAGAGAGUAUAAGAUUUUCUCGCCAGUUAAACGAACCCAGAAGCUUCCUAAAGAGAAACGCAGAAACGGACCGUCAUCUUCGUCUUCUUCUAUCGAUUUAGCUACACCACCGUUAUCGGAUUCAGAACCAGAAAAGAAAUCGAGAUCGAAAUCGAAAUCCAAGCCAUCCUCAAGCUCGUGGUUUGAUAAGUUAUCUCCAUCGAAAAUCAUGGGAUUCAUUUGGCGUUCUCCGAACAAAUCAUCAGCGAAGAAGAAGAACAUCAAAAGCAGCAAAUCGUUUAGUGCUGCUGCUUACUCUUCUGGUCGCGAGAGAGACAUGGAUUUCGACGAGUUUUUAUCUGAUUUGAAUGCGUUUUCAGUGGAAGAUCAGAGGAAAAUGCUGAAAAAGGCACUCAAAGAGCAACAGAAGAUGCGAAAAGAAGCAGCUGAGAUCAUCAAAAUGACGAGAAAGGCAUCGGCAAAAUUCGAUUUUGAUGAUUAAGAAGUGGGAUGUGCAAAUGGGUUUUGGGUUUACUUUUUCGGUUUGGAGAAAUGUUCACAGAUAUGUAUUAGCAAAAUAAAAUCAGAAGUAUAAAUAAACUUUAAUAUAAUUAAUUGUAGGAGUUCUAAAACUGGAAUUAUGAAGUUUGAUAUACUGUA